CCAGUAGUUAAAGUGGUGUCAGAUUGCAUUAAUUCUACAGUGCAGAUGCAUCCCUAAACAGCCUGUUAUUCCAUUUUGUUCAGAUCAUUCUUCAGAGGGGAUUAAAUUUUCAAGCACUGUACAAUAUUGAGUGAAAAUAAAAAGUUACUUACUCUUAAUCCAUUUGGUGCUUUUGUCUUUGACAAUUUAGAGAAGGGGAAGAAAGGGGGCAAGUGUGGAGAGAGGGAAAAGCAUACAGUGCAUGGGAAACAGGCUACGGCAACAUGUGUCUGUCUCGAGGAGAAACCCAUGCUGGUGGAAGCCAUUGGAGUUCAACUUGAGCUGUGGUUGGUGCCCUCAAGCUGAUCAAUCAAACUGCAGGGCAGACUAGUGAUGCCCUGGGGUCACAGGUAAACAUGCAAAGACUAUAAACAGAGCUGACUCACCUGACUGGCAGGAAGGCAGCUAUGGCCACGCCUAAGCAAGCAAAGUUUCAAGUUCCAAUUCCAUUGUGUUCUUUACUCCACACACACUGGACGGGUGGUGCAGGCUGAAGGUAGACGUGGAUAAUAAGUCAGCGUGGGUUGCUGAACCAAUCUGUGCCCAGAUCUUUUUUUUAUGGAAAACCCUGUAGCACUUUGUUUUUCAUGAGAGUGGUAGAACAUGGCCAAGGAGACCUUUUAGAAGCACUUAUUUACUGUGAGCAGUUUGCAAACAAAUGAAAGAUGUCAUGGUGCCCUCAGUACCGCACUUCCAAAUUCCGCCAUGUUUAUGGAAAGGCAGCCAACAAGGAGAACUGCUACGACUGUGUCCCUAUCACCCAGAGUGUCCAUGACAACCACUUCUGUGCUGUGAACCCACAUUUCAUUGCCGUUGUGACAGAAUGUGCAGGUGGAGGAGCCUUUCUUGUAAUACCAAUCAGUCAAACAGGAAAGCUCGAUCCACAUUACCCUCGCAUCUGUGGCCACAAGGGAAACGUUUUAGACAUUAAGUGGAAUCCUUUUGAUGACUUUGUAAUAGCUUCGUGCUCCGAAGAUGCAACAGUUAAAAUCUGGAACAUUCCUCAGCACUUACUCACCCAAAGCAUCACUGAGCCACAGAAGGAGCUUUUUGGUCAUACGCGCAGGGUGGGGCUCAUUGAGUGGCACCCCACUGCAAGUAAUAUCCUUUUCAGCACUGGAUACGAUUACAAAAUCAUGAUCUGGAACCUUGACACCAAAGAGUCCGUCAUUCAGGCCCCAGUGCAGACAAUCAGCUUCCACACGGAUGUGGUCCUCUCUAUGUCAUUCAACACGGAUGGCAGUCUCUUGGCCACAGCCUGCAGGGAUCGGAAAAUACGGAUCAUCGAUCCCCGCGAGGGAACCCUCCUGCAGGAAGCAAACAACAAGUCUCACAGAGUGAAUAAAGUUUUGUUUCUAGGAAACAUGAAAAAACUGCUCUCCACGGGGACCUCCAGGUGGAAUAACAGGCAGAUUACACUAUGGGAUCAGGAUGACCUUUCUGUGCCUUUACUUGAGGAGGAUGUGGAUGGCUCAUCAGGUCUCUUGUUUCCUUUCUAUGACCCAGACACAGGCAUGUUUUAUGUCCUGGGCAAGGGAGACGGGAAUAUUAAGUACUAUGAGAUAAGUUCAGAGAAGCCAUACCUCCAUUACCUGAUGGAAUACCGCUCCCCUUUGCCCCAGAAAGGAAUCGGUGUCAUGCCAAAGAGGGGUCUGAAUGUCUCAUCUUGCGAGAUCUUCCGAUUCUAUAAACUGAUACCAGUCAAAAGCUUGAUUGAGCCAGUUUCUAUGAUUGUGCCUCGGCGAUCUGAAUCGUACCAGGAAGACAUCUAUCCAAUGACAGUUGGAGUCCAGCCAGCGCUGACUGCACAAGAGUGGCUAAGUGGUGCUAAUAAAGGUCCUGUAUUGAUGUCUCUUAGGCCAGGCUCUGUAAUCUUGAACUCUUUACCACCCUUUCCUGAGAAGGAGCCAACUUUGGAAGAAACAGAAUCUGUCAAAAUAGCUGACACCUCUGGAAAAUUAAACAGAAUCCAAGAGAAGUGGGGUUAUAGGACAGCAGACAAAAGAGGAAAGGAAGACAGGCCAGUGGGGUUGUCUAAUGGCUUUGACGUUUUUGAGUGUCCUCCACCCAAAACAGAAAACGAGCUGCUGCAGAUGUUUUACCGUCAGCAGGAAGAAAUCCGGAGGCUCCGUGAACUGCUGAUCCAACGGGACGUCCAACUGAAACAACUGGAGCUGGAGAUUAAAAACCUUCGCAUGGAUUCGGGUCGGUUUUGAUUGGAUCUGGCUUGGCUGCCUUUGAGAGGCAGCUCCAAUCUAGGACAAUGUUUGCCCCAAAGUACCUUGAUGGGGAAAUGAUGGAUUGGAAAGAUGACUUAUGAUUCACUGGCAAAUCAUUACCUGCCUCACGUGCCCAAUUCCCAGAAGCUGGAGACCACUGAGGCUCUUAACUAGUGCUCUGUUUACUAGUCACCUUCCUUCCUCAACUAAAAAUGGUCCCAGAUUCAUUCUGAGUUGGAGAAUCUCAAGGGGAAGACAAAGGCCAGCAACCUCCUUGUACCUGUGUGUGCCUGGUGCUUGAAGUGCUGGACAUCUCUCAAGUUGCAGCCUCGGUGCCCAGCUGUGGUUGGCAGCACAGUUGUCUGGGUUUUUAAGGCUACCAUCUACACAGCAGGAUGAAGACAAAGCCACUAGGAGCAGCUCAGGACUCUCUUGUUCCCUUCCAAAGUCGGGUGGCAGAGUGGCAUGGUUUUGCCUUGGGUUGUGUUUCCUGUUGGCUGGAGCAGUGUGGGUGGGACGUGUCAAGUCAUUGCCUUCCUUUCAAAGAUUUUCCUUUUGGGGGGAGCAUAGUUGGGUUCAAGAGGUGAAGUCAAAAGACAGGAUUCUGGAAUGAAUGCUGUCCCUUCGGGUGAGAAGGGUGGGAUAGAAAUGAUGGAAAUAAAUAAACAAAUGCUCACAUGUUGAGCAUUCAGAACUGGAUGAUAGCCUAGUUCUGAGAAGUGGAGCAACUCAGAACUAAAGCAAAAUCUGUAGCUCUAGUUAAUACACUCUUUCAGUUCCACCUGUAAAAGUUGCUAAGGAUCACUUCAUGCCUUAAACCAAUCCUCCAAGAUGGCUUUCUUCCAACUAUCUCAGACUUUUGUCUUCUGGGUUGCUGCUUCUCUGGGUCUCCAAAGGUUCUACUAGAACUAGUAUGGGACAUUGCAGUACGAAGUCCAGCAAAAAAGCUAACGUCAGCUUUCAGGUAAUCUUGAUCAUUCUCCGUCCUUCUCUGUUUUGCCAGGUUCAGAGCCAUAAAUUAUGUGCUUUAGCUUUCUAUCACUGUAAGAUCGCAGUAUGUUUUAUUCAAAUCGUUUUACAUUUUCUGCUUUGAGUUUGCACUAAAUGCUUUUUUUCCCCAGCCUC